GAAUAAACGGGUAAAUAAUACAUCACGCGCUGCACUGUCGCGUCUCUCCACUGCGUGUCAGGGAGAGCUCGAAAGCUGAUUUAUCGUCACUAUAAACUCAAAUGUGUGGCUGUACUGUUGGAGUUUAAGUCUUACCAAAUUAACUAAAAAAAAAACCCCUCCAAUGUGUGGUCAGGCUAGACAGAUGGCACGCUGCGUCGAUCUGACGGGUUGCUUGGCAAGCAUUUCCGCAGUGUAGUUUCUAAUGUAUUAUGACAGGGGCUCUGCUGCCUGUGCUAAAUUCAGGCUAGACAGCCAGACAUAGUUUCAUAUACAGAAGCUAGUACAGAUGCAUGCACGCACGCGUCGAACUCAUCUGAAUGCACGUUCUCUUCGUGCUCGAGAUCCUCUUUCAGUGAUACAAUACUUUGAAACGAAUCCAGUCAUAACGUCUAAGCGGCGGUGCAUGCUUUAAAUUACCCGUGGACGCUGUAGUCUCGAUUCUAGAUGGUAAAAGCCACGUUCCUGGAGACAAGGAUGUCGAAACGGCUACGAAAUAGCGAAGUUUGUGCGGAUUGCAGCAGUUCGGAACCUCGCUGGGCAUCUGUGAACAGAGGUGUUUUGAUAUGCGAUGAGUGCUGCAGUGUUCACCGCAGUCUGGGCCGCCACAACUCGCAAGUGCGGCAUUUGUCACACACAACUUGGCCUCCCACCCAGCUACAGAUGGUUCAGACAUUAUACAACAAUGGUGCUAAUGCAAUUUGGGAGCACACUCUGUUGGACCCCUCGUCCAUUAUGAGUGGCAAACGCAAAGUCAACCCUCAGGAUAAAGUCCACCCCAGUAAGGCAGAGUUCAUAAAAGCAAAGUAUCAAAUGCUGGCUUUCGUCCAUCGUUUACCUUGUCGAGAUGAUGACAGUUCAGCAUCCACAGAUCUAAGCAAGCAACUUCACUCCAGUGUUCGAACCGGCAAUCUUGAGACUUGUUUGCGGUUACUGUCCCUUGGAGCUCAAGCCAACUACUUCCACCCAGAGAAAGGGAACACACCGCUGCACAUUGCAUCUAAAGCAGGGCAGGUUUGCCAGGCUGAACUUCUCUGUGUUUAUGGGGCAGAUCCUGGGAAUACAGACUCUAAUGGCAAAACACCCAUCGACUAUGCAAGGCAGGCUGGCCAUCAGGACCUGGCAGACAGACUGGUGGAGAUACAGUACGAGCUUACAGACCGACUGGCUUUCUACCUCUGUGGGCGGAAGCCUGGUCACAAGAAUGGUCAACAUUUUAUUAUACCACAGAUGGCAGACAGCAGUCUGGAGAUCUCAGAGUUUGCGAAAGUUGCCAAAAAGAAACUUCAGUCUCUCAGCGAUCAUUUAUUUGAGGAACUGGCAAUGGAUGUGUACGAUGAAGUCGAUCGAAGAGAGACCGAUGCAGUUUGGCUGGCCACUCAGAACCACAGCACCUUGGUAACGGAGACAACAUUUGUGCCUUUCCUUCCUGUGAACCCAGAGUACUCAUCAACACGAAACCAGGGAAGACAAAAGCUUGCAAGAUUCAAUGCUCAUGAGUUUGCCACUCUUGUGAUUGACAUAUUAAGUGAUGCAAAGCGUCGUCAGCAGGGAAGUUCAUUGUCAAGUCCUAAAGAUAAUGAUGUAUUCUUUAAAAGUAUGGGUAGUCGUCAUGGAAGUGAAAGCCAAGAAAUUGACCAGCCAGACUAUGAUAGUGUGGCAUCCGAUGAGGACACAGACACUGAUUUGCGAAUGAGCAAAGCAGACCGAGCUAAGAGUUUGGACUCCGACCUGUCUGAUGGCCCAGUUUCUGUACAGGAGUUUCUGGAGGUGAAAAAUGCACUUACAGCCUCUGAGUCCAAAAUACAGGAGCUUAUGAAGGCCAAUAGUAACCUGAGUGAGGAGCUGAGACUGAUGCAGAAAAAGCUGCAGUCUCUGCAAAGCGAGAACAGCUCUCUCAGGCGGCAGGUCUCACCUCAACAGCCUUAUCAGGCCCCUGGGGGCCCUAACCACCCCAAUCCCUCCAGUCCUUCCUCCUCUUCUUCUUCCUCCUCCUCUUCCUCUGCCCUGAAAUGCCACCUGUCUGCUCGGGCGAGCCGCCCCAUGUCUAUGUAUGAAACCGGCUCUGGUCUGAAGCCCUUUCUCCCUAAGGGCGAGACCCCUUACCCCGAGGAGACCUGCCCCACCCUGCAACCCUUCCCAACCCAUAUCGGAAAGGGUUUGUUUGUGGCCUCAUCUUCAUCCCUCCCCUUCAUCCCCUCCUCAUCCUGUUUGCGGGACGAGUGUGCCCAAAGGGCCUCCAAGUUUGACAAGCAAAGCAGCGUGUCUGAUGGUGACUAUGAUAACACAGUCAACGAAUCUGACCUGGAUGACUCAGGGUUUGGUCGUAGGUAUCGUCUGCGCAGCAGUGGCUGGAUGGGAGAGGGUGGCUCAAUACCUGAGCUGGAUGAUCACGACUGUGAGCCUGACCCCAGUCUGCCCAGCACAGAAGAUGUCAUCCGCAAAACUGAGCAGAUCACCAAGAACAUCCAGGAACUGCUAAGGGCUGCACAGGAGAACAAGCAUGAGAGUGCACCAUGUGAUCAGAGGGAGAGUGUCCGCAGACUUAGACACAGUCUGGGUUGUUUCAGCACACUGGUGCCUUGGGCAGACAAGCCCCCGUCUCCCAUGCAGCCGCUCGGCCAAAGAGCUCCACACCCAGCCAACUCCAACAACCCUGCCUCCUGCUUUAUACCCUGCGCAGAAAGAAUAUAUUUGGCUGUGAAUGAGAUGGCUGCCCUCUUCCCCAAGAGGCCUUGCUCAGAAACAGUGAGGAGCUCUUUGUGGUUAUUAACGUCCAGUGCAUACCGACUGCAAAGUGAGUUUAAGAAAGCAUCUCCUCUGGAGAGCGGUCCCACACCAGACGUGCAGUUGGUCACACAACAGGUGAUCCAGUGCGCUUAUGACAUCGCCAAGGCUGCUAAGCAACUUGUUUCCAUAACAACCAAAGAGAACAAUAACUGACCCUGUUUCCACCCAUUUUCUCUAGUUAUCUAACCCUGAAUAUUUCCCCCAUAUAUUAAUCAAUUUAUAAUUUUUUGGGUAUGCCAUUUGAGAGAUUUUUCUUUUUGUAUGCUGUAAUUGCAUGUUUUUUUUUAAUUUUAUUUAAGAUGUCUGUUAGCAGUGUUAUUUGGCUUAAAGCCUUAAAUGCUCUCAAUGGUUGUAUAAAAGGACAUGUAUAUGAGAAAAUGUAUUUGACUUGAUGGCAUAAUGUCAGGGAGUUUGAGAAGGCUUUGAGAGGAAAUGAAUCAUACAUGGAGCAGCCAAUCAUACUCUGAUCAGCCACAAUAUUAAAACCACCUGCCUAAUAUUGUGUAGGUCCACCUCACGCCACCAAAACAGCACCAACCUGCAUUUCAGAAUAGCAUUCUGAUAGGAGGCCUGGGUAGCUCAGCGAGUAUUGAUGCUGACUACCACCCCUGGAGAAGUGAGUUUGAAUCCCAGGGCAUGCUGAGUGACUCCAACCAGGUCUCCUAAGCAACCAAAUUGGCCCACUUGCUAGGGAGGGUAGAGUCCUCGCUCUCAAUGGGGUGCGUGGUAAGUUGUGCAUGGAUCGCGGAGAGUAGCAUGAGCUUCCCAUGCUGUGAUUCUCCGCAGUGUCAUGCACAGCGAGUCACGUGAUAAGAUACAUGGAUUGACGGUCUCAGAAGCGGAGGCAACUGAGACUUGUCCUCCGCCACCCAUAUUGAGGUGAGUAACCGUGUCAACAUGAGGACCUAAUAAGUAGUGAGAUUUGGGCAUUCCAAAAUGGGAGAAAAAGGGGAUCAAAAAAAGUAUAGCAUUCUUAGAUGCUAUUCUUCUCUCCACAAUUGUACAGAGUGGUUAUCUGAGUUACCUUAAAUUUUGUCAGUUUGAAACAGUUUUUUGUUUUUGGCACCAUUCGGAGUAAAUUCUAGAGACCUGUUGUGUGUGAAAAUCCUAGGAGGUCAGAAGUUACAGAAAUCACUCAAACCAGCAAUCAUGCCACGGUCCAAAUCACUAAGAUCACAUGUUUUCCCCAUUCUGAUGGUUGAUGUGAACAUUAACUGAAGCUUCUGACCCGUAUAUGCAUGAUUUUAUACACUGCUGCCACAUGAUUGGCUGAUUAGGUAAUCGCUUGGAUGCCAGCUCUGGAAUACCAUUUAAAUCUGGAGUUUGAGGUCAUUUAUAAAAUUAUUUACCUGUCCAACAAAAAAGAAGCAACAUCAGCAUCAAUACUAAAGUUUUUCUCCAUCAUCAAAUUGUUCCACCUUGUGUAUGUCGUACUGAAGUCGGCAGUACAGCUACUGAAUCUCCUGCUGUCUCAAUAAUACAUGCACAAUAAUAAGUAUGCUCCAUUGUGUUCUUUUCGCUCUUUGUGUCAGCAAACAACACUGCGCUAAGCACAGACAAGGGUGUCUACAUAGGCAGCAACCAAUGAGCAUGAGGAUUUUCUUACUCGCAUGGAUGAUUGUUGGUGUCAAACGGGCUGGUUUGAGUAUUUCUGUAAAUGCUGAUCUCCUGGGAUUUUCACACACAACUAGAAUUCCAAAUGGUGCCAAAAACAACAAGCAUCCAGUGAGGGCCAGUUCUGUGCAUGGAAACGCCUUGCUGAUGAGAGAGGACAACAGAGAAUGGCCAGACUGGUUCAAAUGACAAAGUUUACAGUUACUCAGAUAACCGCUCUGUACAAUUGUGGCGAGUAGAAUAGCAUCUCAGAAUGAUAUUCUAAAAUGCGGGUUUGGCUGUGUUUUGGCAGCACAAGGGGGACCUACACAAUAUUAGGCAGGUGGUUUUAAUGGCUGAUCAGUGUAUACUAAAUGUUGAGUAAAAUGCAGUACUCUUUGCACUACUCUACAAACAUUGAUUUUGUUUCUUAAACACUGUUCAUGUUUUAUGGAUGUCUGUGAAUUCUCUAAAAAUCAAGCCUUUAGUUCAGCCUUAAAAUGAAUUAUAUCUAUACUGAACAUGCAGGUUAUGUGGUUAAUAGGCCUGAUUUAGGUAUAAAUACAGUGGGCCUUUGGGUUUAAUAGGCCUAAGUGUGAAUCCUAUGACAAUUAUAGGACUUAAUGUAGGAAAUUCAUUUAAAUAUGCCUUGUCUCAUUUUAAUUGAUUGACCAGUCUGAGGCAGCUACAAUGCAGUUUUUUUUUUUUUUUUUGAUGGUUUAAUGUCUUGUUUUGUUCGUUCUCGACCAGAGCAGAGACAAUCAAGCUCUCUCUCCACCAGCAGAUUAAUGUUGUGAUUGUGAUUAAGUACAUGUGUGUUAGUUUUAGUGUUUUUCAUACCAGGAAAACAUAGGCCACGUUCACACAGCAGCAGAACGGUUGUCAGGCAUGUUUUGGGUUCACACACUGGACAGUUAUUUACGGCUGUGACAACUGCAUUCUAGAACCGAACCGACAUUUGCAAAUGUUCAAGUCUCACAACCGCAUUUUCGGCAAAACCGAGAACGAUGCACUCGUGUAUUUCAUGUGGGUUUUGUUAACUAGCGGAGACAGACAUUAGCUGCGAUCCAUCCGAACAUUCAGCCGCUGUUUUCCACCGGAUGCUCGCGUACAUGUACAUGAGCCGCGCGACACAAAAGUUGCGCCCUGCACGCGGAUAAGACAUGUUAUUACGUGUUAUGGACGUCGCCAUCUUUUAGUCACUGUGAUCUGUUAGAUUGCGGUUGUGAAUUCGGUCGUUCGUUCAUUCAGAAAGCGAUUGAACUGCUUCUGUUCGUUGUUGUAUGAAUAUACAUUUCAAGACUGACACCUUUUAGUGUAUGGUUGUCAAACGCAAACACUGACUGUGUGAACAUAGCCAUAAGUUUACCAUAUGUUCAGUUCAGUGUUUUGGCAACUCUUAAUUAGUAAUUUCCUCUCUACAAAGUUGAAGUAUUGGUCAAACCUGAUCAGAUUAGUCCUGUCAAAAGGUUGUGCAAUGGGCCGCUCAUAGCUCAGUGUUAAAGUUCCCUUGUUUGAGUGUUUGUAGUUGGUAAAAUCGACUUGGUCUUCCACAUAUUAAUAUUAUUGCUAUGUCUGUGUUUAAAAAUAAACAAAUGUUUUCUUUAUUUUUCAAAUAAACCUAAUUUAUAAUUUUG